AUGGCAGACCUCAUUGCAGCCGAGAAGAUUUCUUCCCAGACUUCAAUCGAAGAAGGCACUAGGCACCGUUUGAUCUCGUCACUGCACCAAUCGGCGGAGGACUUGGAGACUCCUUUCGACACUGUGGUGCGAUUAGUUGAUGCGGGUCGACAGACAGCAAUGGUUUGCAUAGGCGGGGACCUUGGAAUCUUCAAGUCCCUCGUGGAGAGCAAAAGACCGUUGUCAGCCGAAGAGCUUGCCAAGGCUACUAUGGCGGACCCACUGCUCGUCGCUCGCAUCAUGCGAUACAUGGUCGCCAGUCGUCUGGUCGGAGAGACAGGACCUGACCAGUACGUGGCCAGCAAGAAGACGUACGUCUUUGCCGACCCACGCAUUGAGCAUCCCAUCCGGUUUUUCCAUGCGUUCAGCAAUCCUGCCUUCCAUGCUUUGCCCGAAUUCUUAAAGGAGACUGGAUAUCAAAAUGAACCCAAGGGCAGUGCGUUUCAAAAGGCUCUCAACACGGAUCUGGAGCCCUAUCCCUGGCUUAAGCAGCAUCCGGAUGUGUUGAAGAACUUUCAAGCUGCCAUGCGGCUGACCAGAGACGCCAAUGGUGUGGAUAUGAUGCCUCUCGAUCAGUCUGUCAGCAUUGGACAUGACGGUGCCAUGUUUGUAGACAUUGGUGGCAACACUGGCCAUCAGGCUGCUGAAGUGCUGUCCAAGUACCCGGAGCUCGCUGGCCGAGUGAUCGUUCAGGACCGUGGUGAAGUCAUCAAAUGUGCCCCCGAUAUCAAAGGCAUUCAGUGGAUGGAGCACGACUUCUUUCAAACCCAGCCCGUGAAAGGUGCCAAGUAUUACUAUCUGCGAGCUAUUCUUCACAACUGGGACGACAAGAACACGGUGCAGAUUCUCUCCAACAUUGUGCCCGCCAUGUCAGCGGAUUCCCUGGUGGCGAUUGAUGAAGUGGUUGUGCCAGAGGAGAAUGCUCAUGUAUGGCCGGCCGGGCUCGAUCUUCAAAUGUAUUCUUUAUUCAGUACAACGGAACGGACGGCGUCGCAGUGGGAUGCCAUCCUGGACAAAGCAGGGCUACGUGCUGUGGCGGUUAAGAAGUAUGCGCCGGUUAUGCAAAGCUCGGUCAUCUUUGCGGCUGCCAAGUGA